AUGCGGGGUGUGCAGAUCUUCUCGGGGAAUUCCCAUCCCGCCCUUACAGAGACCAUCUGUGAGCGGUUGGGUACCUCGCCUGCACCGGCAGAUCUCGGGAAAUUCGCCAAUGGCGAGACCAGCGUGAACAUCGGCGUCUCGGUCCGCAACCAAGAUGUCUACAUUGUGCAGAGUGGCAGCAGCAAGAUCAAUGACAGUGUGAUGGAGCUGCUUAUUAUGAUCUCGGCUUGCAAAGGUGGUUCGGCCAAGUCGAUUACUGCGGUCAUGCCAUACUUCCCCUAUUCCCGUCAAUCCAAGAAGAAGAGCCAUCGUGGUGCCAUCACGGCCCGCAUGCUCGCCAACCUGCUCUCCAUCGCCGGUGUGGACCAUGUGAUUACCAUGGACCUGCACGCAUCCCAGAUGCAAGGCUUCUUUGGCAAGCCCGUCGAUAACCUCUUCGCCGAACCGUUCAUUGCUCGCUGGAUCCGGAUGAAUGUAUCGGGUUGGAGGGACGCUGUGGUGGUGAGCAAGAACGCCGGUGGUACCAAACGAGUCACCUCGCUGGCCGAUACCCUCAAAUUGAACUUUGGUAUUGUGACCACCGACCGACGGCGCCCCAAGGUUCCCGUGAACACCAUGUCUGAUAGCACGGUCUUCUUCGAUGCCGUUGAGGAUGAGGUUCGAGCUGCAAAGGAGGCCCAGCCCUUUGAGCUGCGUCUUCACCGUUCUCUGGCAACUCCUCCCAUCCCCGAAGAGAUGGAAAACAUCGAUUCACCCCAAGAACUGCUGCGUCCCGAGACUCCCCCGGCGGCUCGGCGGCCCUCAGAGCUCGAGAUUGAGUACACCGAUGUUCGGGUUCGGGAUGUGGUCACCGGCCGUCUGGUGCAGGGCCAGCUGGUCGAUGAUGACUAUCACCCGGAGUCUGACUCGCACUCUGGUGGUACCACUCCCGGAGCUGGUGGAAGCACCUUCGGCCACGGUGAAAACACCGAGGUCGUGCCCGAGACCAUGUUCAACUCUAUGAUCUCGAGCGUCUCCUCAUUGCCCCCAGACCAUGCCCUGGGUGGCUCCUUUGACGCUGUCGAGUCGGAUGACGAGGCCAGCGUGGCUGGUUACGACCAUGAGCGGACCAUCACGCUGGUUGGCGAAGUCCGUGAUCGUCCAGUGUUCCUCGUAGAUGACAUGAUUGACAAGAGCGGAUCGUGGAUUGCCGCCGCCGAGACGGUCGUCAAGCGUGGUGGUGCUGCCAAGGUCUACUGCAUUGCCACUCACGGUCUGUUCGGAUCCGAUUCGCUGGAUCAAAUGGAGGCUUGCCCUUCGAUUGACCACAUUGUCGUGACCAACACGUUCCCGAUUGAGCCGUCGAUGCUCAAACGGUCCAAGAAGUUGAUCAUUAUUGACGUCUCGACUCUUCUGGCUGAGAGCAUUCGGCGGCAUCACUACGGUGAAAGCGUCUCGGCCCUUUUCCACCUUAAUGACUAA